CCUCCCACCACAAACCCUAUUUCCCCCAACCCCGUCGCUACAACAAUGGCUGAGGUUCUACAGACUGCCAUGGAAGGUCUGAUCGGUGCGAGGAAGAGGAUUUCCACCAGGGUGAACUCGCUUUCUACUUACCGUACUAGCGUCAUGAAUCUGGAAGCAGGCAUCGCCUCCGCAUCGAAGUUGCCCGAGUUGCAGAUGUGUAUCUGUAUGGCUGCAAGGGGCAUCAAUGUCGACAUAGAAUCCUUCGAAGGCUACAAAAGGUUUAUCUUCAAAGGGUUAAUCAACUGCACCAGCUUUGCGAGGAGUAUGUUUGAAUUGAUGCCCGAUGAUCUGGAGCUAGACCUACCGAUGGCCUCGUGCGAAUUCCUCCUGGGGACCGAUGACCGGCUCCCCGUGUUGACCGACCUUGCGAGAAGAGGAAUUGAAGAGAUGACGAAGCUGGAGGCAGAGGAGGCAGAGGCGGAGCCAGAGGACCGGCUUGUCAAGGACACGGCCUCUUUGAUCACCCACUUGAAGAACAUGAACAGUAUACUGAUGUCCAUCAAGGAAAACGCUGCAGCAGGCGGGGAGACCAGCUCACAGAAAGGCUUGGAGGAGUCGUACAAAGGGGAAUUGUUUGCCUUUGAAGCCGGAAAGGUCAGGAUCGUCCAGACAAUGCUUAAACUGAGCGAUGCCUUGAUCAAAGAGAUCGAGCCCCAGCGGGAGUUGUCACAAGCCGAAAGGUCUAUGUCCGUGGCAGAGUAUAUGGAGCCGUUGAAGGAAAUGCUCGACCUGCCUUCCAAAGAGAUCCCUCUUGACUUGCUCUUCUGAUCAGCACACCGUUUGAUCCAAUGAUUAUCUGCGACGGUGAUGCAACCGCUACUUAUGGGAUGCUGGCUUGCUGAAGUGGAGGCAAAAAUAUAUAGUCGUUUUUUUUGUUUUGUCGCACUUUCUGGAUUUGGUGGUUAUGUUUGCUCCUCUAAUCAGGAUGGUGGAGAUGACAUUUGUGUUUGUUGGUGGUUGGAUUAUGGAAAUCUUUGAAUUGUCGGCAGUUGGGUUUGUUUAACAUUACAUUUGGUUGUGCUCUUGGUUUGCUUUUGUCGGGCUUUCAAGUUUUUGUUCUUUUUUAAGCUUGAGUGGCUACAUCAAUGGGAAAGCAUUCUCUUGGUACGAGUUAUUCCAAAAUGUAAGCAUGUUGUGAAAUGAAGAGGAGAACAAUUGUCUGAGGGGG